AUGAAUACUCGAGACAAGCUAAGGUGUAAGAUCGGUGUUCUCUUCAUUCGUCUACAAGAAAAAAUGCGUAAAGAACUCGUUGACGUAAACUGUUAUGAUAUGCUACAACGUGUCUAUAGAUUAUUUAACGAUGAUGAAAGUGCUGAUGUGGCAAAUUUGUCAAGUCCUUCUACGGAUGGAACUUCACAGAAUCAUUUCGUUUCAUCGCUAUCUUGGGAUCUACGAAUACAGUGUUUUCUGGGUUGCCUCUGUCUAUCAAUAAUAUGCUCUUUAGGUGGAAGCGCUUUACUUUUUACUUGGAGAAUUACCGGUUUUACUGUGAUGGUAUCUUUGGGUAGUAUUCUGUCGCUGUUUGGGACAUGUUUUUUAAUGGGCCCCUUAAGACAAUUGCAAAAAAUGUUCGAGCGAGGACGUUUCCUAGCAUCGCUUAUGUAUUUGCUUUCUAUAGUCUUUACGUUGCUAACCGGCCUUGUUUUUUCGAAUCCUCCUCUGGCACUUGUUUUCGUCAUUGGACAGUACAUUGCAAUGACCUGGUACUCUAUAACAUAUAUACCCUUUGCACGAGAGGCGGUGUUGUCACUUUGCUGCAAGUGUUUUAGCUGACAAGCCAAUCAGUAAGUAAAUUUCCAGAAACACGGGCGUCUUAAAAUCGCCAUAAAUAUAGUUCGGAUUCACAUUUUGAAGACUGUAAUUUUUUUGAAUAUAAUACUAUCACAGUUCUAUAGCGCACAUUUUGUUUCAGCUACAGGUAAUACUCCUC